AUUAAAUUAUAUUUUAACAAUUCCCAACAAUCAAUUUCCUGUCCCAAUCCCAUCUAAAUGUUCUCAAAUUCCCAUUCCCACAAACCAACCGAACCACCAGUGUAAUCUUCAGCUCUCAUUUUUCUGUCUCUUCCUCUCGGCCGCUUUAUAAACCCUAAUCUCCCUAUCUGUAACUUCUAGCUUACAGCCAUGGCGGAUGUUGAAGGAGAGGUUGCGGCUACUGGAGUCCCAAAGAAGAGAACAUUUAGGAAGUUUAGUUACAGAGGAAUUGAUCUGGAUGCACUUCUUGAUUUGAAUACUGAUGAACUCGUCAAGCUUUUCCCUGCAAGAGUUCGCAGAAGGUUGUCGAGAGGUUUGAAGCGUAAGCCUAUGGCACUAAUCAAGAAACUACGCAAAGCGAAACGUGAAGCUGAACCAGGUGAGAAACCUGAACCUGUUAGGACCCACCUUCGCAACAUGAUCAUUGUCCCUGAGAUGAUUGGAAGCGUCAUUGGUGUUUACAAUGGUAAGACCUUCAACCAGGUUGAAAUCAAGCCCGAGAUGAUUGGCCAUUACUUGGCAGAAUUUUCCAUUUCUUACAAGCCUGUGAAGCACGGUAGACCAGGUAUUGGUGCCACACACUCUUCAAGGUUCAUUCCUCUAAAGUGAAGAGAUUUUAUCAAAUAUUCUCAGCUUGUAGAAUUCAAACAUUUUGGGUUUUUUGUCAUUUUGAUUCAAUGGGUUUUGCAUAGUAUUGAUUACAAGUACUUUGUGUCUGACUAUAUGAAAACAAUCUUAAAGACUUUUAUAUGAAAGUUAUUUGAGUGCUUUGUUGUGUCA